AGCCGCUGGCUCAAGAGCGCUGGGCUCAAGCGGCGUCGCAUAAGUCGUGCCGGAAGAGCUUUCGGCUCUCUUUUCUUUCCAGGUCCGCAGAGCCAGUCCGGGCGCUCAGCCAGCUUCACCGACCAUGCCGUCGGAUCUGGGGUGCCGGGCCUGGAGCGACGCCCGCGACACCAUCCUCCAGCUCGGGCUCACCACGCCGAAGCAGUCCGAGGCCCCACAAGACCAGAGCGAGUUGGGCUUCGGUUCCCACUUCGGCGCACGGCCGCAGGGAGGCUCGCCAGACCGCCAGCCCUCGGCACCUCCGAUGCUCCCCGACGCCGUCCUGCGCCGCAGCAUACCCGCCGAGCGCUCCUCGCAGGCUGCCGUGGCCGCCGCGGUCGCGGCUGCCGCUGCGGUGCGCUCGGAGCUCGAGGAAGAGUCGGAGGAGGACCACGGCGCCGACGCGGUCGUACAUCAUGCCUCGAUCUGCCCAGUGAAGGGUCCGCCCUGCACGCGUCCGGGGCCUGCCAACCGUGCGGCUGGUUCUGGAAGCUGGGCGGCUGCCAGAACGGGCGCCAGUGCAACCGCUGCCAUUUGUGCCCAGAAGGCGAGCUGAAGACCCGGAAGAAGGCCAAGCACACGCUUUUCCGCCUCGGGUUGGCCACCCCGCAGUCCGCAGGGGGCAGCGCCCAGGAGAUGUCGGAGCCCCGCCGCGUCAGAUUCAUGGGCGAGACGCCGAAGACAUCAAACGGGCAGCAGAGCCAGGCUGCCGCUAAAACGAUCGGCUUCCGCGACGAGCCCGCCGAAGACGUUGCAGCCUUGGCUUCCCGGCCCUCGGAGAGCCCAGCUGACGCCUGCAGGCCAAUCCUGAAGCUCCCACCGCGGGCCGCCGCCGAGGACUCGGGCGAGACGGUGGGCAGCAUCACCGUCGAGCUCCUGGGCGGCGAGACCGCGCCAGGCCGGCUGAGCAACGCGGCGGCCGCGAGCCCGGCAGACGGCGACGGUGAGUUGGCUUUCCCGCCGGGGCUGGCCCCCGCUGGGGGCUCCCAGUUGCACGGCACGGGGACGUGCCAGCCCUGCGCGUGGUUCUGGAAGGCAGACGGCUGCAAGGCUGGGCUGGCGUGCGACUAUUGCCACCAGUGCCCCAGGGGUGAGCUGAAGGCGAGAAAGAGGUACAAGCACUCGCUGAUGCGGCUAGGCCUCGUGACACCUAAAGUUGCCCAGUGCACCCGAAACGUGACCUUCGGCGACGAGGUGGUCGCGGCGCUCAGCAAGCAGGAGUCCGACAAUGAUGAGUCCACGUCCGCUGCUGGCUCUGCUGAGGAGUUGGCUGUGAGCUUGAGCUCAGACGACGCGGCCGCCGAGCGUCAGGCGCCUGGGGCCAGAAGCUCCGAUGGCUCGGUCAUGCCUGUCCCACCCGGUCUUGAGCUGCCGCCAGAGACCCCAAGUCACGGCUCGACCCUGCACCAGACAGGGGCCUGCCAGCCUUGCGCUUGGUUCUGGAAGCCAGGAAGUUGCCAGAAUGGCUCGAACUGCAGCGGGGGGUCGGUGGAUUGCCACCUCUGCCCCGAGUCGGAACUCAAGGACCGCAGGAAGAGCAAGCACGCGCAGAUGCGCCUGGGCCUCACGACUCCCAAGGUGCAGCGCGCGAACAAGGCUGGGGCCCAGGGCGGCGACUCCACCCUGAGCGCGGACGCCCCAGAGUUCAUGCCCACGUUCGGCUCCGUGGCUCUGCGCAUGGGCCUCGCCACUCCUAGGGCGCCCUGUGGCGGGCCGUUCGACUGGCAGGCCCCCGACCUGCGGGUGGGCAUGUUCGGGAUGGAGGUGCCCGUCUGCGGCGGCGCCUGAGCCUCGCGUGACUCGCGAUGUGCGUGCCCCUGUUCGGCCGACCGCGAGCAGCAGAGUGGAGGCCCUCUUCUACAGUAGGGGGAUUUUGGGCAAAUCCUUGAAGAAGCCGGCCCGCCAGCAGCAGGUGCCCAGCGGAAGAGUCGUGCGCAUCUCCCGAUGUCUCCUGGAACCCACAGGGGUCUCGGGGCAUUUCUGCGUUUGAUCAGAUCGGCGACAGAUGCCCUCCUAGAUUGGCUCCUUCUUUUGGGCUGUAUUUAACGCAUCAGGCACUGAAGUGGAGUGUCUCCCCGGGGCCCCCUGGCCCUGGGACCUGAGGUCAAACGGCGAGGACACAGAGGGGGGGCGAUGUGUGCCAAUGUGAGGAGGCCACACGUGCCGACUCGCAUGCACUCUCCUCCCUCGCCCCGCUCCGUGGCAUGCUACACAGACGUUCGACGUCCACCUGGCCUUUUCUCUCCCAUGCUCUGGUUGGCAACGAGCGCAAGCCUCGAUGCACUAUGGAGGUAUUGGGCCGAGAAGUUGGCGCGCGUCUCCGCGAAGCCAGGGCCUGCAGGCACACUCUCCGUUCUGGUGCGGCGGCGCAGGCGCCUACGAUCGGCCGCUCGCGUCGCUCUCGAGACCCUGGAGCAUUGAUAUCCAGCCUGGUUUCAUCAUCCACUCUCCCCAUCCGCCGUUUGCCGGGGCGCGCAGAGGGGUCGGGCUGGCCCCAUCGCCCCACCCCCCUGCUGCGCGCCGCCUUUUUGAUCGAGGGAAGGAACACGCUGGCCAACACCGAUCUUGGACAUGGUCCAUGCCAGCCGGCGCCGAUUCGCGAGGAAUAUCCAUGAAUUAAAGUUGACCAACAUUCACGAUGACCAAGAUCUGCACCGACGUUUCUGCGUAAAGGCUCGGUUAUGGUCCCCGUGUUCUCCCCCUCAAAGUAUUAGGGGCCUUGAUGGCCCGGCAUAGUGCCACCUGCGCGGAUGCCUGUCUUGAUGCAGAAGAUCACUGCAUGAGGGUUCUGGUCGACCGACCGCUGCCCUGCCCUGCCCUGCGUGCCGUGCCUGCUUUUGCGGGCACGCCAGAAAAAGUUGCCAGAGACAGCUCGUCCACUCCCUCGGGGCCCCAAGCGUCCAGGCAA